AUGUCGAUGGUGGACGAGCCACUGUAUCCGAUAGCUGUACUAAUUGACGAGUUGAAGAACGAUGACAUUCAGCUCCGUUUGAACUCCAUACGUAGACUAUCUACCAUUGCACGUGCACUUGGUGAGGAUAGGACCCGGAAGGAGUUAAUUCCGUUUUUAAGUGAGAACAAUGAUGAUGAUGAUGAAGUUUUGCUUGCUAUGGCUGAGGAAUUGGGCGUUUUUAUUCCGUAUGUUGGAGGAGUCGAGUAUGCACAUGUUUUACUUCCUCCUCUGGAGACACUCUGUACUGUGGAGGAGACUUGUGUGAGGGAAAAGGCUGUAGAGUCUUUGUGUAGAAUUGGUUCACAGAUGAGGGAGGGUGAUUUGGUUGACUGGUUCGUUCCUCUUGUGAAGAGGCUGGCAGCUGGAGAGUGGUUUACAGCCCGUGUGUCAGCUUGUGGGUUAUUUCAUAUUGCCUACCCUAGUGCUCCAGAUGCAUUGAAGACAGAGUUAAGGGCGAUAUACAAUCAGCUGUGUCAAGAUGAUAUGCCAAUGGUGAGAAGGGCUUCUGCAACUAAUUUGGGAAAAUUUGCUGCUACUGUGGAAGCUGCAUAUCUCAAGACCGAUAUUAUGUCUAUGUUUGAGGAACUUACCCAGGAUGAUCAAGAUUCUGUGCGGUUGCUAGCUGUUGAGGGCUGUGCUGCUCUUGGAAAGUUGUUGGAGCCCCAAGAUUGUGUUGCCCAUAUCCUCCCUGUAAUUGUCAACUUCUCGCAGGAUAAGUCUUGGCGUGUACGCUACAUGGUUGCAAAUCAGCUGUAUGAGCUUUGUGAGGCUGUCGGACCUGAACCUACGAGGACCGAUUUGGUUCCUGCAUAUGUACGCCUACUCCGAGAUAACGAAGCAGAAGUGAGAAUAGCAGCUGCUGGAAAAGUUACAAAAUUUUGUCGUAUUCUUAAUCCUGAACUUGCUAUUCAGCAUAUUCUUCCUUGCGUAAAGGAGCUGUCAUCUGAUUCUUCACAACAUGUGAGAUCUGCAUUGGCAUCUGUAAUUAUGGGAAUGGCUCCUGUCUUAGGAAAGGAUGCUACAAUCGAACAACUUCUUCCUAUAUUCCUCUCUCUCUUGAAAGACGAAUUUCCUGAUGUCCGCCUCAAUAUUAUUAGCAAGCUAGAUCAAGUCAACCAGGUUAUUGGUAUUGAUUUACUCUCCCAAUCUUUAUUACCAGCCAUUGUUGAGCUUGCAGAGGAUAGACACUGGAGGGUUCGGCUUGCCAUCAUAGAGUAUAUACCAUUAUUGGCUAGUCAGUUGGGCAUGGGAUUUUUCGAUGAUAAGCUGGGUGCACUUUGCAUGCAGUGGCUACAAGACAAGGUUUACUCUAUCCGGGAAGCUGCAGCUAAUAAUUUGAAGCGUUUGGCAGAAGAAUUUGGUCCGGAAUGGGCAAUGCAGCAUAUAAUUCCCCAGGUUCUGGACAUGGUGAACAGUCCGCAUUAUUUGUACCGGAUGACUGUUCUUCAAGCGAUAUCACUACUGGCUCCUGUGAUGGGUUCUGAUAUAACCUGCUCUAAAUUAUUGCCUGUUAUCAUAACAGCGGCAAAGGAUAGGGUGCCGAACAUCAAAUUUAACGUGGCUAAGAUAUUGCAAUCCAUGAUCCCCAUCGUUGAUCAUUCGGUUGUUGAGAACAGCAUUCGCCCCAGUUUGGUAGAGCUUGCAGAGGAUCCUGAUGUGGAUGUCCGUUUUUUCGCCAAUCAGGCACUUCAGUCGAUCGAUCAAGUCAUGAUGUCAAGCUAG